AUGAGCAACAUUCUCAAAAAUCAACAGUAAGAGCAAUAUUAAAUAGCAAACAGGUAUAUUGGAUAAAGUAAAAGAUUACAAAGAGAAGAAUUAAAAAAGGAUGUUAGAAAUUAAACUAGUACUUUGAGUAGGACGAUAUGUACACCUCUUAAUAGCACAAGUGUUUCAUCUGUUUUGAAUUAACAGCUUCUCAUUAAUCCAUAAACUCCAUAAAAUUAAAUUAGAUUGAAAGGGAGUUAUACUAACUUGAAUAGUAUAGUAGAAUAAAUAAAAAUAAAUCCAUAAAGUUUGAGAAACAAUUCCUUACAAUCCAAUUAUAAUAGCAAAGCCGAUAAAUAAAUUGAGCAUAGGAGAUUAAAAUAAAUAGAUGAUGGAUUUAAAAAUAAUUCUAGUCUAUUUGCUAAAUCUUCUAAUAGCUUUUAGAAAUAUACAUAAUAGUUUGUUAAAGAGUAGAAUGAAAAACUUCAAAUUACAACUAAAGAAUCAUCUCAAACUCCUUUUUCUAACUCAAAACCAUAAUUGCAUUCAAUGAAAAGUCUUCUUUACUUAAGUUAAGAUUAAGGUUCUUCAAGAAAUUUAAUAUCUUCGCAAACAUAAGUGUCUUCUAUCAAAGGAUCAAAUUUUAAUUUGUAAAUCGCUAGCUAAAAAAAUAAGAAUGGCAGUCUUUAAAAUUUAGAUAACACUUUAACAUCAAAAAAUUAAUCUAAAUCUUUGUAAUAAUUAAGUGUCAAAGUAGGAUCUGCAUAGUCUCUCUACGAUAACUUUUCUCAUAAUUUUGAAUGGAUUGAUAAAAUCGAAGGAAAGUAGUUCUAAAGUGCUACAACUAUUGAUCCUUCAGAAUUUUUAUUACUCAAUAAGUCUAAUAAAGCAAAAAAGAAGUUAGUGAAUGUUAUUAGUAACACUACUAUAAACUCUCAAUUAGUUUAAGAUGGAAUACUUAAUGUAAUAAGAUGUGAUAUAAAUGAGUUUAUUUAUUUCAAGAUUAAAGUUUUGGAAAGAAAUACUCCACUUAGAGUUAAAUUUGUGGUUGAAAAAAACUCUUCUAAUAUCAAACUUUAUGUUAGUAAAACUUGCAUACAGCCUAACAACUUUAACUGCGAUUAUGUAUUUAAUAACACUAAAGCUAUAAGCAUUGAUGAUGAAAAGAAUUAAAGCAUUUUCAAAAAGCAUCAUUUCUUGUACUUUUCUUUACUGUCAGAUUAAGAGCAAGAUAUAUAACUAAAGUAUACUUUUGGAUAAGAUACCAAACGUCUUUCAAAUUAAGAUCUUCAAAAUCGCUAAUCCAUUACAUCUAUUCCAAAUAUUGCAAGCCUUGAGAGCUUUAAUUAGAUAAAUUAUUCAAAGCUCAAGCAAAAUGUAAUUGAAAUUCAAUAAGAAAGGCAAAGAAAAAUGAAAGAAGAAGGAAAUUUUAUCCUUAAAAAUAUAAAAGUUUCUAAAGAGAUUGACUAAUUUACAAAAACCUUAAACGUUUAUUCAAAAAAGAAAGAAACUUAUAAUCAUAUAAUAAAUGUUAUUAAGAAAGCUCAAGAAACUAAAGAAGCUAAGUAAGAAGCUAUAGAAUAAGAACAGCUUUCUAAGAUUUAAAAGCAGAUCCAUAAGAUAAAGAAAUUUAGACUUGACUUUUUUACUUAUUUUUGGUUUCAAAUUAUUUACUUAGCAAAGAUAAGUUCUAUGAUUAACGACAAAUUCAUAGAAAAAAAAGAAGUAAUCAAGAAUUUUGCAAAGAUAGCAUGGAAAGCACAUCCUUUGACCAUGAAGUUUAGAAGAUUUUAUAGGUAAUACCCUAAAGACGAGGAUAAAAAUAAUUUAAGAUAUGCUAAAAUCACUAUGGAAACAUUAGCAAAUAUAAUUAAAAAGAAAAAAAAGAAGCAAGCUGGCCAUCUGAUAGUAAGAGCUUUGAAGUAUAAUUCUCAGUAUUCAGAGUUAUGGGUCAAAAUGAAUAGAUACUAUUAAAUAGUUAUUACAGUUUAAUAAAACUACAAGAUUUUUAGAAUUAAAAAAGCCAAUUUCAAAAAACUACUUGACAAACUAUGGGAUAAGUAUUAUUUCAUGGGUAUGGAGUAGACUAUUGAAGUAAAAAAGACAGAAGAUAAUGAACAGCUGUUUUGGAGAAAAAAAUAAAGUGUAUUAAACACUAUAAACUCAAUAGAAGUUAAAUAAUAUGCGAUCAAUGAAUAUUUUAAUGACUAAAUGAUAGAAUUCAGGUAAAAUAUAGGAAACUAUCUUCAUAUGAUUAGACAUGCACCCAAAGAGUAAAAGAAAAAAAUUAGAAUUUUGCAAGCCUUUUUAAAUUCAGAAGAAUUAUAUAGAAAUUCAUUGAUAUUUGAAGACGGUAAUAAAACUGAUCAACUAGAUGUAUCUUUUGACAAUAUAGGGUCUGAAUUAGAUCAAAAUAAAAUAGCUACAAACUCUAUUAAAAAGCCCAGGCUUUUUGUCGUUCCAACAUUUAAGUCUAUCAAAUCAAUUUUUAGAAGAGGAGUUAUCUAUUACGCAUCAUAAAAUCCAAAUAUUAUGGAAAAAAUUUCAUUAAAAGAGAUUUGA